UUCUCCAGCCAUGACUCAGCGUUUCUCGCAGGCUGCCGGGCUGGGGACACGGGCUCCUCGCCAGCCCCUCCCGCCGCGUCCACCCCCUCUCUCCCACCCACGCCCGCCCUCGGCCGCCGGCCCUUCCCCAGCGCCGCCGCCGCCGCCGCCGCCGCAGUCAGCUCGGGCGUCCCGGCAGCAUCAGCCGCCCGACCCGGCCGGACCCGACCCCGCCGACCCCGCGCGCCGCCCGCCAUGCAGCCCCAAGCCCCCGGCCGCCGACACACCCCCCAGCGCGGCUACGCCGUGACCCGGAGCCCCCAACUCAACAAGGACUUGGCUUUUACGCUGGAAGAGAGACAGCAAUUGAACAUUCAUGGAUUGUUGCCACCUUGCUUCAUCAGCCAGGAUAUCCAGGUCCUUAGAGUAAUUAAGAAUUUCGAGCAUCUGAACUCUGAUUUUGACAGGUAUCUUCUCUUAAUGGAUCUUCAAGAUAGAAAUGAAAAGCUCUUUUAUAGAGUGCUAACGUCUGACAUUGAGAAAUUCAUGCCUAUCGUUUAUACGCCCACUGUGGGUCUGGCUUGCCAACAAUAUAGUUUAGCCUUUCGGAAGCCAAGAGGUCUCUUUAUUAGUAUCCAUGAUCGAGGGCAUAUUGCUUCCGUUCUUAAUGCAUGGCCAGAAGAUGUCAUCAAGGCUAUUGUGGUGACUGAUGGAGAGCGUAUUCUUGGCCUGGGAGACCUUGGCUGUAAUGGGAUGGGCAUCCCCGUGGGUAAACUGGCUCUGUAUACAGCUUGUGGAGGGAUGAAUCCUCAACAAUGUCUGCCUGUCAUGCUGGACGUGGGAACAGAAAAUGAGGAGUUACUUAAAGAUCCAUUGUACAUUGGACUACGGCAGAGAAGAGUGAGAGGUCCUGAAUAUGAUGAUUUUUUGGAUGAAUUCAUGGAGGCAGUUUCUUCCAAGUAUGGCAUGAAUUGCCUUAUUCAGUUUGAAGAUUUUGCCAAUAUAAAUGCAUUUCGGCUCCUGAAAAAGUAUCAAAACCAGUAUUGCACAUUCAAUGAUGAUAUUCAAGGAACGGCAUCCGUCGCAGUCGCUGGCAUCCUCGCAGCCCUUCGAAUAACCAAGAAUAAGCUGUCUGAUCAAACCGUACUAUUCCAAGGAGCUGGAGAGGCUGCCUUAGGGAUUGCACACUUGAUUGUUAUGGCCAUGGAGAAAGAAGGUUUACCAAAGGAGAAAGCCAUGAAGAAGAUAUGGUUGGUGGACUCGAAAGGAUUAAUAGUUAAGGGGCGUGCUGCCUUAACACAAGAGAAAGAGGAAUUUGCCCAUGAACAUGAAGAAAUGAAGAACCUAGAAGCCAUUGUUCGAGAUAUAAAACCAACCACCCUCAUCGGAGUUGCUGCGAUUAGAGGUGCAUUCUCAGAGCAAAUUCUCAAAGACAUGGCAACCUUCAACGAACGGCCUAUUAUUUUUGCUUUGAGUAAUCCAACCAGCAAAGCAGAAUGCACUGCGGAGCAGUGCUAUAAACUGACCAAGGGUCGUGCCAUUUUUGCCAGUGGCAGUCCUUUUGACCCUGUCACUCUGCCAAGUGGACAGACCCUAUAUCCUGGCCAAGGCAACAAUUCCUAUGUGUUUCCUGGAGUUGCUCUUGGUGUGGUGGCGUGUGGACUGAGGCAUAUCACGGAUAAGAUUUUUCUCACCAUUGCUGAGGUUAUAGCUCAGCAAGUAUCAGAUAAACACUUGGAAGAGGGCCGGCUUUAUCCUCCUUUGGACACCAUUAGAGAUGUUUCUCUGAAAAUUGCAGAAAAGAUUGUGAAAGAUGCAUACCAAGAAAAGACAGCCACAGUUUAUCCUGAACCCCAAAACAAGGAAGCAUUUGUCUACUCUCAGAUGUAUAGCACUGAUUAUGAGCAGAUUCUACCCGAUUGUUAUUCUUGGCCUGAAGAGGCCCAGAAAAUACAGACCAAACUUGACUAGUAGCUUAAUAGCUGAUAUUUCUAACUCCAUUAAUGAGGUCUUGAAGUCUUUCAUAAUUUUCAAAGAUUGGAAUCUUUUAUAAUGAUUCAUAAUAUACUAGAGUAAGAUAAUUUUACUUUAACAAUCUAAAAAUUUAUGGAAGAAUAUUAAUAUACUUUAGGGUAAACAUCUUACUAGACAAUUUUGCUUCAUUUACUUUAUGGUUAUUUAUGGUUUCUAUCUUAAUUAUUUUGCCCAAGUUCUGUUUAAAAGCUAUUGUAACUACUACUGAGAAACCCAUCAUUUUUAUAUAGGGAGCUAAGGGGAAGACUAAAAUUAGUAAUAAAUUGAUAUCAGUAUUAAAACCCAUAAUUGUUCAUUUUAUUAAAAAUCUACUUUGUAAAAAAAAAAAGAUCGAAAUGAAUUUAGGCAUAGACGAACUUUUGCUAAAAACAGAAACAACACUUACUCUGUUGCCUAGAGAAAAAAAACUCCUCAGGUAUUUUUAUUCCAAUCCUAGAUUAUAUCUGUUCUUUUUGUGCAGCUGAAUUCUAACAUUUCUAAGAAAGACCACUGCUGUUUACAAUGCCUUGUGCAGCCUUAGAUUUUAAUGUUCUUUCGACAUUGUUCCAUCUCCUUAUCACCUUGGUCCUCAGUCAGAAAUCCCUUCGUAAAAGCACCUUUCUUUCCCCCUGACCAAGUACCCUAUCUCAGCUCCACACCAUUGCUGCUGGGCCUUUGUGGACCAUGGCCCUAUCCUGAGGUUGGUGCCUUCAGCUGAGCACAGCCUGAGAAGUGGGCAGACCUGAGAAGAGUGGGUGAGCUCCUUGAGAAAGGGCUGCCUGUGGAGUUGACGUCUUCAGACAAACAUCCCCAGAGUCGAGGCAAGCUGGGUUCCCAACUGAGUGACCUGGCCUAAAGUCCCCUUGAUUAGCUCAGGUAAUUAAGAGCUUAUUGUGUUACAGCAAACUCACUUUCCUCUGGGUUUGAAGAAAGUUUUGUAACCACUUCCCCAAUAUCAGAAAUUAUCUUUACAUCAGAUAUUAAAAUAUUCUAAUUACUAGUUACAGCCCAGAAAUGAAUGUUAAUUUCAGGUUUUACUUUUGAAGUUAAUAAUUGAACCAAUGGAAACAACUGUAAAUUCUUAAGCUCAGGUGCAGUAACAUUUACUAUUUAUUUAUAGAAUUAUAUGGAGACUUUUUUGUUUUUGAAGUAAUGCUUUUAAAGAGUGUAAGAAGAUGUUCAAGGUAAACUAUAGUAGUACAUGAUUUCAUUAAAAGUUGAAGGUUACACAAGUUGUUUUAGGUGUCAGUAGAAGGGGUAAGGGUAUUUCUGAUGGUAACGUUCAGUCAAGGGUUUCCUCAAUAUAGUUAUUUUGAAAAGAUCCGGAAUGCCUAUUUCUCGUCUAGUUUCCAUGUUGUCUUGUAGCUCUAACUAAAUGUAUUUACUUAUGCAAAGAUUUAUUAAAGCAUAGAA